AUGUCUAAUAAAACUAAUGAAAUUAGUUCAGGAACGCAGGAUGAAUUACAUAUUAAUAUAGGAGUACCACCACCACCUUAUGAAGCAUCAAGUGAACCUUCCUCAAAAGCAGUUUACGAUGUUAAACCUCAACAAAUACCUUACCAACAUAAUGCAUCCACAAUCGUUUACGUUGAAGGAAACAAUGAUCAAAGUAAAGUUCCAAAACAAAGGACUUGUUUAGAAAAAUAUUGGAAUCCCGUUAUGGAUCCAAUGGCUUGGACAAGUCUUUUAUACUUUUUGUUCAUUGCCCCAGUUAUUGCGUUAUUCGCUCAUAUUUGGUGUGGUGUGAUGCUUGUAUGUGCCAUCAUUUCAUUAAUUUUCCCACCACUUGGAUUUUUCUUUUGCGUUGGAACCGCUUGGUCUUUCAGAGCACUUGGUCGCCUUGAAUUAAUCACGGCGACAAUGUGCACACGUAAACAUAAGCCUAUUCACAUGUAUCCACCAGUUUUUCACACUUCAUCUCAACUCGCUUCUCACACUGAUACUGGGAAUGGCAUGAUACGAUACGGCAUACAUAUUUGUUUAGAUAAGUAUACUUGGAUGUGCUUCUUAUACUUUUCAUUUAUUAAUAUCGCGUAUAGUGCAGUCAUUUGGUUUUUGGUUCUCGCCUUCUUUAUAAUGGCAUUCAGUCCUUUGAUGAUAGUUGCCAUGCCUUUGAUGUGUAUAGUAUGUAAAAAGUUGGGUAAAUCAAAAGUAAAGAUGAGUGAAGCAAUUUUGAUCUAG